GACAUGUCUGCAGCCGACGGCAUGGGUAACCUCUUUGCUCGGCCCAACGCCACGAUCCCGACGGUCGCUCGCCCCGACGCCACGAUCCCGACGGGUGUGCCAGUUGCCGUCGCCGAGUCUGUCUCGACGGCUGCAGACGUCACCGCGAUGCCGCAGCUCCAGCUGCACGUUACGGCGGAGAAGGGUGCCGUCGCGGCCAGCGCCGAGCGCAUGCUCGCCAUGUGCUCGAUCAAGGCUCCGCCCGCGCUGGACGAUGUCAAGCGCCCCCCGAUCGAUCUUGUCGCAUGCAUCGACCGCAGCGGCAGCAUGCACGGCGAGAAGAUGUCGCUAAUGAAGAAAACGCUCGAGCUGCUCGUCAAGCGCGCAGGGCUCAAGGGCGACGACCGCAUCUCGCUCGUGACCUUCGACAGCAACAUCAGGCUCGACCUUCCUCUCACGUCGAUGGACGAGUCCGGCCGCAACAAGGCUGACGGCGUGAUCAAGGGACUGCACCCGGGCUCGACGACCAACCUCUCCGGUGGCGCGCUGCAGGCGAUCGAAGUGCUCGAGCGCUCGGGCGCAAGCAAGGAGGGCCGCACCCGCGCAGUAAUGCUCUUUACGGACGGCAUGGCCAACGAAGGUCUCCGCGACCCCGCGCAGCUCACGCGCGCCGUCGCCGGCGCGAUCGCCACGGCGUCGGCCAAGUGCGGCGGGCCGAUCUCGCUGUACACCUUCGGCUUCGGCGCCGACCACAACGAGGCCUGCCUGCGCAAUCUCGCGACCGGCUCGGGCUCGAGCGGCCUCUACUACUACAUCAAGACGCCCGAUGACAUCCCGACCGCCUUCGCCGACGCGCUCGGCGGGCUGACGAGCGUCGUAGCGCAGAACGUCAAGCUGAGCCUCGAUGCGGUCGGCACGGGCGUGAGCGUCAAGCGCGUGCUCGGCAGCACGUCGUACCUCAAGUCGUUCACAGAGGCAGAGCUGUCGAACGAGAAUGUCGCCUUCAUGGUGCGCGUGAGAGAGUUCGAGGCCGCUGUGACCGCCGGAGACGCGCAGGCGAGGGCACUCGGCGACACCAUCUUUGACUCGCACAUCAAGGCUGGCGCGCCCGAGGAGAUGGCGGUGACUGCGCGGCUGAGGGAGCAGCUGAAGCAGGCGCUCAAGCAGUGGAAGGAAGGGACGUCGUCGACGGCGGAGGUGUCGGUGUCGGGGCUGCUCGCCUCCACGUACCAGACCGUGUACCGCAACGUCUCCUUCGACGUGCUGCCUCGCUUCCUCGCCUCGGAGCACGCGAUUGAGAUGGCGAAGUUGCACCCGUCCAAAGCGAUGCUGUACGAGCCGUCGCGCGAGGUGUUUGAGCGGAGCAUCGACGAGGAUUGGGACGACUGGCCCCCGCUGUGGCUCCCGGCCCCCGAGUACUUUGAGAGGUACAUGUCGCUCGCCUCGGGCUGGCCGACGGAGGAGACCUCGCAGCGCGCGGCGCGGCUGGUCAAGUUGCACCGCAAGACGAUGGCGAAGUUAUGCGGCGAGGCAGAGCUCAAGGGGAUCCAGCGGCAGGUCGGCGAGGCGCCGCUAGAGCUCUUCGACACUGCGCGCCUCUCCGCCCUCAACGCUAUCCAGCCCUCAUGGGCGCUCUUCCUCGACACCGAGGACGGCGGCGAGUACGUCAAGAGCGCAGGUAUCACAGAGCGGGUCACAAAGGAGCGGCACCCGCCCGCCUUUGUCGCGCAGAGCCGCAAGUCCGACGACCCCAACGCCGAGAGCGACGAGUACGACUACACGGCGGGCUGGUAGACGCCGCGCCAGAACGCCUCGCCCGGCUCAGCCCGUGCAACGCUGUCGCGACUGGUCCCCUCGCCCCAAUGGCCUGCACUUCGCCGCGGCCUCUCUCUUCUCAAACGGGAGAGCGGGCCGCCCCGCGCUGUCAUGAUCGCAGGGGGCGAAACGGACGGGGUGCAGCGUGGAGAAUAGCAGGGCGGCUUUUGCGUUUGCAGAGGCGCUAGCUAGUUUAGCACUGGACGCGUGCACCAAGGAGAGGGAGGGAGGGAGAGGAGAGAGAGAGGUGACACAAUACACACGCCUGUGUUCUUUUAGUUUCUCGAUAUAUUAGACUAUCUUGCACGUUUUGUC